AUGAACGAUGUUAAAGAACUCCAGUGGCUACAGCAAAUAGUGCCCUUAGCUUAUGAUGCGCUAAAGACUCUGGCUAACUUGUCAACUGCAGCAAAUACGCCAAAUACAAUACAAACAGCAAAUGAUUCGCCGCCCGGAAAAAGGAGACGAACUAUUAAGCGGACAGGUCAAACGGAUGAAGUCAGCAAUCGCCGGAUUUGGGUAAAGCAGGAGAAUCUUAGUCGCGAUGUUGAUGGACUGUUUGCCACCACUUUUCAUCAGCUUGAUGACUUUCGCAGCCGCACCGGAAUGACGCCGCAGGUCUUCGAUAUGCUCUUCAGUUUGGUGGGCGAGCAACUGAAUAAGAACUCCAUACGUCGGCCCAUUCUGCCCGAGUGUCGACUCUUUCUGACGCUAAUGUACUUAUCCAAUGCGGAGUCUAUCCUGGACUUAUCCAAGGCAUUCAAAAUGGGCAGCUCCACAGUGCGUGCCAUUAUCCAAGAGACGGUGGAAGUGCUUUGGAACACGCUGGCGCCCGCCUUUCUACCACAGCCCGCAGUCGACGAUUGGCAACGCAUUGUGGCAGGAUAUCAGGCGGAGUGGCAAGUGCCACAUUGCUUGGGCGCCGUGGAUGCCACACUGCUAGACAUAUCGUAUAAGAGUGAAAAUGAUAUUGUACUGCUGGCCAGCUGCGAUGCAGAUUUGAACUUUAUCAGUAUUGAUAUUGCUACACUAACGGAUCCCAUCAACAAUCAGCUCGAUUGGCAUCAGAAUUUCGGCUCACAGUUACUCAAUGGACGAUGGACGGAUCUUCUGCCGGCGAAGCCAUUGCCGAGCGGAGAGCCGCAUACCAGUUGUGUCUAUAGCUUCAUAGCAAAUACCAUGUUUCCAUGCGAGCAUUUAAUCACACCUUAUACAGACCAGCAGCUGGACGAAAAUCAGAUGAAUUUCAAUCGACUUCUGUCUCGUGCUCUUGCCGGCAGCAUCGAUAAAGCGUUCAGUGUGUUGAUGUCACGUUGGCGUGUCCUUGCGCAACCACUGCGUCAGAGUCCAAGCAAAGCGGAGAAAAUCGUCAAAGCCGCCGUCGUCUUGCAUAACUUUGUCAAGCUGCACGAUGAAAACUAUGCGCCAGCCAGCUAUUUGACAGAGUUGCCCCUGAUAUCCACAACACGUCAAGUGCCCAGUGCCUGGCUAUCCGGCGGACAACAGCCGACAGUUGACAAAAAUGCCAUAAUGGAAUUACGUGAACAUAUGAGCGGAAUUAUGGCCUGCAAACCGGAGUCGAACACAUUUGAAGCGCUCGUUGAUAGCGUUGAGUGGACUGACUAAAUUUAUAAAUUGUGAUCUCACAAUUUAUAAUUUGCUUUGUGUAUUAUCUUUUCACCAAACAAAACUGCAACAACAAUCAAACA